AUGGUUUCGCAGCAGACGUUGCCGCACCCGCCGCCGCCGUCGUCCAUAGCUCGCAUCGUGGCCACGCCCGACGAUGCGCCCGGUGUACCAGCAACUCGGACCAGCGGAUCUUCUCCGCUGAUCCGCCACGAGCUCGCGCGCUUCCUCGAGCACAACGUCGCGCUUGCGGAUCCCGGAAACCACCUGCCGCGCAGAGACCCGACGCGAUCGUGCGAUACGCCUGGCGCCGGGAUUCUGCAGUCAUCUCGUCGUACGUAG